AGUCAGUACAACUUCGUGACGCUUGACUGCGUUUUCGUGGGGCUCGGAAAACUCUGCAAGUUCGACAAUGCCUUUGACGUCAGCACUCUUCUCUUGACCUAGCUGGCUCCCUAUGACUCAAUCUGCCUGCGAUUGAGUGCAUAUAUAGAGGCAGGGAUGCAAGUCAGCAGUGGCGCCUGGGCGGCAUCGGUUGGAGCGCGCGGGCAUGGGCAGACACGGGCAGGCAUGUGCGCGCGUGGGCCUGUGGGGCCUGCGCUGCCACCGCUUCGUGUGUCGCCAGCUGGCAAUGGAGCUGCUGCUCGCAUCCGAGGCCGCCCGCUGCAGCCCACAGCAGCACUAGCGGCUGCUGCAGCGGCACCUCAUACUGCUGUUCGACCGCGAGGCGCCCGCCAACCACGUCCAGCUCCGCCAGCAGGCCAUCAAAGCACGUGCCGGGCUGCGCCAUUCCGACCUGGUGGUGAUGGUAGCGGUGGCGGCGCAGCUGCGGAUGAUCGGCGUGCUGCUGGUGACGCCGCCUCCCAAACGAACGCCGCUGCCGCCGACCAAGAGCGCGAGGCUGCCACUUCGGCCGCGGCGGCUCCACCAGCGCAGGCGGCAACUGCGGCGGAGGCGACGCCAGCAGCGCAGGCGGCACAGUCCGCCACUGCGCCGGAGGCGACGCCAGCAGCGCAGGCGGCACCGUCCGCCACUGCGCCGGAGGCGACGCCAACAGCGCAGGUGGCACAGUCCGCCACUGCACCGGUGGCGGCGCCAGCAGCGCAGGCGGCACAGUCCGCCACUGCACCGGAGGCGACGCCAGCAGCGCAGGCGGCACAGUCCGCCACUGCGCCGGCGGCGACGCCAGCAGCGCAGGCGUCACAGGCUGCGAUUGCGCCGGUGGCCGCGCCAGCAGCGCAGGCGGCACAGGCCGCCACUGCACCGGAGGCGACGCCAGCAGCGCAGGCGGCACAGGCCGCCACUGCACCGGAGGCCGCGCCAGCAGCGCAGGCGGCACAGGCCGCCACUGCACCGGAGGCGACGCCAACGGCGCAGGCGGCACAGUCCGCCACUGCACCGGAGGCGACGCCAGCAGCGCAGGCGGCACAGUCCGCCACUGCGCCGGCGGCGACGCCAGCAGCGCAGGCGUCACAGGCUGCGAUUGCGCCUGUGGCGGCGCCAGCAGCGCAGGCGGCACAGGCCGCCACUGCACCGGAGGCGACGCCAGCAGCGCAGGCGGCACAGGCCGCCACUGCACCGGAGGCGGCGCCAGCAGCGCAGGCGGCACAGUCCGCCACUGCACCGGAGGCGACGCCAACAGCGCAGGUGGCACAGUCCGCCACUGCACCGGAGGCGACGCCAGCAGCACAGGCAGCACAGGCCGCCACUGCACCGGAGGCGACGCCAACAGCAGCGCAGGCGGCACAGGCUGCGAUUGCGCCGGUGGCGGCGCCAGCAGCGCAGGCGGCACAGUCCGCCACUGCACCGGAGGCGACGCCAGCAGCGCAGGCGGCACAGUCCGCCACUGCGCCGGCGGCGACGCCAGCAGCGCAGGCGUCACAGGCUGCGAUUGCGCCGGUGGCCGCGCCAGCAGCGCAGGCGGCACAGGCCGCCACUGCACCGGAGGCGACGCCAGCAGCGCAGGCGGCACAGGCCGCCACUGCACCGGAGGCCGCGCCAGCAGCGCAGGCGGCGCAGGCCAUCCGUGGUCAGCAGGACACGCGGACAGCAGGGGGCGUGCAGCCGGCUUCUGCGCAGGCUGACAUCACCGGGCUGGUGCAGGCCAUGGCGCAGGCCAUGGCGCAGGCCUUGGCGCCGCUGAUUGACAAGAUGGACGAGCGGGAGUGGCAGGCGCAGGAGCGGGAGCAGGAGCGGGAGAAGCAGGCGCAGGAGCGGGAGCAGGAGCGGGAGAAGCAAGCGCAGGAGCGGCACAGACAGCUGGAGCUGGACGGCCUGACCGUGCAGCUGAAGAACGCCACGCUGCGGGUGGUGAUGCUGGGGGCCAUGUCCAGCAGAGGAAACCUGCCGAUGGCGAGAAAGCAGCUGCAGUGCGCUGGGACCCUCCUGGCGCACGUCUUCGACGUCGCGGUGGCUGCUGGCGCCUUCGGAGGCCAGCCGCCACAGCUGCUGCUGGAGGGCCGCGUUGCGCUGGGGCGGCGGGGCGGGCUGCCGCCGCCCAAUGAGCAGAGCGUGCAGCUGGUGCCGGCGGAGGUGCAGCAGCACACCAUGGUUGGGAUGUGUCAAUGAAUGAACGUGCAUGUAAUUGCGAUACGGCGCGUUCUCCUAGCUCUCGUUAGAGAUUCUGAGACUUGGGGCCGCGGAGGGGUCAAGCCAUAAAGGACGCGGAUAAGGGCGGCAGUGUAGCUAGGCUAGAGGGUGGGCCCGGGGCUCUCGGGACUGAAUCUCUGUGAACCGGAACCGGGCAUCCUAGUGGCCAGGGCUCGUAUCUUCCUGGGGGCGGCAAUAAUCAUACGGCGCCCCUGGGCCCAAAAUGUGCCGUUUGAUGGGGUGUUGGGAGCUCCAUCCCCCAAAAACCCUCGAAAACCAGCCCCAUCGUCCCCCGCCGGCCUCGCCCAGUCGCCCUCGCGACCCUCCCCACGGUAUGUGUGUGCAAACUGCUACUCGUGCCAAAAGCUACGAAGGUAAAGGUACGCACUGUGCAGCACUGUGCGCGUGUUAGGCUCAACUGGACUGCGGGAUGCGCCUGAGGGAUGACAAUGCCCGGCCUUACGGCCUAACGACUUUUACCGGUUAGCCUGAUUUGAGUGUAACGGAGCGAAGUG